GAGAGUGUUCAAUGCCUUCGCGAAAUUGCGGCUCAAUUGACUACUGGUGAUCCUGCUCAGCGAAUCCAACUGUCUUCACUCCUUGGGCAUCCAGCUUUAACAAAUUCUCUCAUCCAAAUAAUCGAAUUUUGUAGCACUAUUCACCUAAAGAACGAUGAAGAGAAAAAUAUCUUCUUCAGAGAUAUUGUUCCUCACUUACGCUCCAUUCCGGCUGAUGUUGUUGCACGAAGACUUUCCCGACUUCUUUUAUCCCGCUAUGUCCUUCUUGAAGCACGAUCUCAAACGGAACUUUACCCUGCAUUGUUGAUUUCAACAGAAGAUGGAAAUGGAAUUCUUCCCCGUGAUCUUUUCCAGCGUCACAUGGUACCUGAAAUAUUGCGUUUGUUCAAAGUGAGGGAGUCGGCCGUACGAACUGUACUUCUUUCUCAUUUUCAUGGCUACGCUCGUCAUAUUGGUCGCGAACGUCUCGUUGGUUUUGUCGCCGAUGAGGUGAUUCAAGGAUGUCACGACAGCGACAACCAGCUGGUAGCUGCCUCCCUUCGGGCGCUGGCUGAAUUGGUUGAAAUUGCUGGAGCAGAGGCGGUUUGUCCGUGGCCUAUUUCGAAAAUAUUCGCAAAUGGAUCGCCACAGAGAUCUCGUGCUGCUGUGAAUGUCACUUCUGCUGAUUUCAUUUAUCAAAACAGCAUCGAAGCGAACGGCACUGAUAAGAUUCAGAAAAGGGUUACUGGUACUGCUAGUGGCGACACCAACAGAACUUGGAGUGACGAGGAAAUCGCAGAUUGGAACAAUGAUUCUGCGUGGUCUUCCGAAUGGCAGUCAGAAGACAAGCAGAUCUCUAGUUCCGAGCCAGAAGUUGAAAAACGGACCAAUGAUCAUGUGAAAUCGCAUGCUCCAAUUUUGAGAAUGGGCUCGACAACUGAUCACAAAAAGAACAUUGGCAGCGAGUUUGAGAUCAGUGUGUCGACGCAGCGAAGUUUGGAGGACGAUUUGUUGGCUGAUCUUGCGCCAAAGAUUACCACUACUUCUCUAAUUGAACAACUCAGCUCCCUUCAAAACACUAUUGAUGCGCUUUCUGCAGUCAAAAAAGUCCCACCAAAAUUCGCUAUGGUGGAGACGGCGGAGGAAACUGAAGGAUGGGAGGAAAGUGUGGAUGAGAGCAUCACGAAUACCGAGGAAGUUGGAAUGAAGGAGCUGAGGUGA